ACUCACAGACUCAGGGCAACUCAGGAAGAUCUGAGAACACAGCUCUCUCCAGACAGCAUGGUUCGCCGUGUAGCAGUGAUUGGGGCAGGACCCUCUGGCUUGGUUAGCAUCAAAAGCUGCCUGGAGGAGGGCCUGGAGCCUGUGUGUUUCGAAAGCAGUGAUGACAUCGGGGGUCUUUGGAAGUUUAAGGAGGUCUCGGAGCCCAACCGGGCAAGCAUCUACCGCUCCUUGACCAUAAAUAUCUCCAAGGAGAUGAUGUGCUACAGCGACUUCCCCAUCCCAGGGGAUUAUCCAAACUACAUGCACCACUCCCGCAUCCUGCAGUACUUCCGCCUCUAUGCAGAGCACUUCAGACUGCUCCAGCACAUUCGCUUCCAGACCAAUGUGCGCAGCGUGAAGCAGAGACCUGACUUCUCUCGAUCGGGACAGUGGGAGGUGGUGACCGAGAACAGGGAGGGACAGCAGGAGAAGCACAUCUUCGAUGCUGUGAUUGUCUGUUCUGGACACUACUCAUAUCCAAACCUGCCUCUAAAAGACUUCCCAGGGAUUGAGACCUUUGAAGGAAAGUUCUUCCACAGCUGGGAUUACAAAGGCCCAGAGGAGCUCCACGGGAAGAGAAUUGUGGUGGUUGGAAUUGGGAACUCAGGAGGUGAUAUUGCAGUGGAGUCCAGCAGAGUUGCAGAGCAGGUGUACGUGAGCACUCGCAGGGGUGCCUGGGUCAUACGCGUGGUGUCUGACAACGGCCUUCCCGUGGACAUGAAGUACAACACUCGCUUCGUCCACAUUCUCUUCCAGCUCCUCCCUGUGAAUAUUCUCAACUGGAUAGGGGAGAAUAAGCUGAACGCCAUGUACGACCACACCAUGUAUGCACUGAAGCCAAAGCACAGGCUUUUCAGCCAGAUCCCAGUUAUCAAUGACGAGCUGCCUGGUAAAAUCCUGUCUGGUGGUGUAGUGGUGAAGCCCAACGUGAGGGAGUUUCGCGGGUCCAGCGUGGUGUUCGAGGAUGGAUCGGUGGUGGACAAGGUGGACGUGGUGGUGUUUGCCACAGGCUACAGUUACGACUUCCCCUUCCUGCCCUCCUCUGUCAUGAACAAAUCAGGGCAUAGAGUGGGGUUGUACAAGCACGUGUUCCCCCCAAACCUUGAACACCCCACACUAGCCGUGGUUGGGUUUAUCCAUGCUCUGGGGGCCAUCAUGCCUCAAGCAGAAAUUCAAGCUCGCUGGGUGACCAGAGUUUUCAAAGGACUUAAAAAGUUGCCAUCCAAGCAAGCCAUGCUGAGGGCUAUUGAUAAUGAUACCAAAAGCAUGGAGAAAACCUACAUCUGCUCCAAGUUGGUGCCCCUGCAGGUGGACUAUGUGUCCUACAUGGAUGACAUAGCAGGCGAGGUGGGGGCCCGCCCCAGUCUUGCCUGGCUCUUCUUCACUGACUUCGCUCUGUUCAAGAAGAUCCUGAUGGGCCCGGUCACUGCUUACCAGUACCGACUGACUGGCCCAGGAAAGUGGUCAGGGGCCCGCCAUGCCAUCUUCACCCAGUUUGACCGCAUGUAUCAGCCCUUCAAGACCCGGCAGGUAGAUGACAAGCCUGGAAGCUCUUUCUUAGGGCGUCUGUUCACGUGGACCGUGGCAUCCUUUAUGGGGGCUUGUGCUGCCUACUACCUGCACCUCCACCCCCCCACAGCCCUCCAGAACCUCAUCUCUAUCAUUAGUCCUGAGAAGCUGUGAGCAGGUUUCUCAUUCAGUGCAAUCUAUAUUCAUCCAUUUUCCAUCUAAACUGGUUCUACCUUAUAUCAGGGAACCUAAGUGCAUUCUAUAUCAGCCUGCAUUUAGACUCUGAUGAUAGUACAAACUGUACAAACAACAUGACCAAAUAAUGCUAGCGCAGCCUCCCUGUUAAGUAUUAGUCAGAAUUUCUGAAUGGCUAUUUUCUACUUUGAUGUCAUUUU